GAGCCUCAGAUACUCAUUUGAACUCGGCUGAUACAAUUUAUUGAAGUAAAAAUAUAAAUAAUAAAUAAAUAUAUUUAAUUAUUAAUGACACGAGUUUGAAAGUUAUUUUAUUCAAAUAAAAUAAUGCAGUCAUUGAAAAGUUCCAUUGUUCCCGCAUCUCGGAAUGCUAAACAAGUAAAUCGAUUAAUCAGUACAAGACAACAGGAAAUAAUAAAACGAGAUGAACAGUAUGGUGGUCAUCAUUUUAAACCUUUGCCAGUGGUUUUAGCUAAGGGUGAAGGCGCUUUGCUAUGGGAUAUUGAUAAUAAAAAAUAUUAUGAUUUUCUCGCUGGUUUUUCAACUUGUAAUCAAGGCCAUUGUCAUCCACGAUUAGUCAAAGUGAUGAGAGAUCAAUGCGGUAAAUUACAUCAUACUUCAAGAGCAUAUUUUACGGAUCUUCAUGGUGAACUUUGUGAAUAUUUAACACGACUAUUUCAAUUUGAUAGAUUUAUCCCUAUGAAUACUGGAGUUGAAGCCGGGGAUUUAUCAAUAAAAUUAGCGAGACGUUGGGGAUAUCGUAACAAAAAAAUACCCAGUAAUAAGGCCACGGUAUUGUUUGCUAAGAAUAAUUUUUGGGGAAGAUCAAUAGCUGCUGCGUCGGCGUCAACUGAGCCCAUGUGCUUUACGGACUUUGGACCUUUUGUACCGAAUUUUGAAAAAAUUCCUUAUGAUGAUUUGGGAGCAUUGGAAGAAGCAUUGAAAAAUAAUCCGAAUGUCUGUGCUUUUAUGAUGGAGCCUAUUCAGGGCGAGGCUGGAGUUAAAAUACCCCAAGAUGGUUAUUUGAAAGGCGUAAGGGAUUUGUGUACAAAAUACAACGUUCUUUGGAUUGCUGAUGAAGUUCAAACAGGUCUUGGUAGAACUGGAUACAGACUAGCUGUCGAUCAUGAGAAACAAAAGCCAGAUAUUUUAGUUCUAGGAAAAGCUCUUUCUGGUGGAAUGCUUCCGGUAUCUGGAGUACUUUCGUCUCAUGAAAUAAUUCUGAAUUUGGAUAUCGGUAGUCAUGGCAGUACUUUUGGAGGAAGUCCCUUAGCAUGUGCAGUAGCUUUGGAGGCAGUAAAAGUUAUUGAAGAAGAAAAACUCGCGGAAAACGCUGCACGACUUGGGAAAAUAGUGAAAGAAGAAUUGGAAAAAAUUCCUAAAGAAAUUGCAAGUGACUUUAGAGGACGUGGAUUACUCUGUGGUCUUCAUAUUAAUAAAGAUUUCGCUAGUGGAUGGGACGUAUGUUUAAGACUGAGAGAUAAUGGUUUGUUAACAAGACCUGCUCACGGACAAUUACUAAGAAUUUCUCCACCGCUUGUUAUCAAAGAAGAUCAGCUGAGAGAAGGACUCGAAAUUAUUAAAACAACUUUACUCAAUUAUUAAAGAAUAAUUUUCUUUGUUGGAUUGUUUCACUUCAUUUCUUUUAAUACAUUUCUGUAUUACGGUGGAAUAUUUAUGCAUUUAUAAACUCUUUUAAUACUGGAAAUAUUUCUAUGAUGUCUAUAAACUAAAGUAUCACAUGAGUUUUAUUAUUACAAAUUAUUAAAAUAUUUUUUUUUCAGUUUUCCAUAUAAUUCGAUAUUUUUUUUUAUGUAAAAAUGUCAUUUACUUUACACAUUUAUUAGUGGAAUCAAUUAAAAAAUUGAACCGGAAUGUAUUUGCAUAGAUAUAUUUAGUAAAUAUAGAUAUACAAAUAUAUGCGUGAUCACGUACUAGUUCCCUGAUCGGGUACUAGUUCCUAGAUCGGAUUCUAGUUCCCCGAUCGGGUACUAGUUCCUAGAUCAUAUUCUAGUUCCCUGAUCGGGUACUAGGUUUCUUACCAUAGUUGAGUUUUAUACGAGCUUUUAAAAAUGAAAAAGAAAAUAUCUAAUUAUUUAUCCUCAUAAAAAUUUUAUUGGAUUUCAUAAGUAUGAACUAGAACUUAUUGGAUUGUUUAAACAGUAAAUAAAAUAUUGUCAUGAAA